AUGUCUCUGCAAAAAGAGAUUAUAAACGAUGGUAUUGAGUUCGUGAAAGGAGGCCUAGCAAACCUCACUCUACAAUCCUCCUUGUUGGAACAGAUUAGAGAAGGACACAAAGUGGAUGAAGCCCUAGUGAAGCAAGAGGCAUUGGUACGGAAAAGUGGUAGCGGCGACUUCACUAUGUCUAAUGGUGGAUUUCUGCGAUAUAAGGAUGGGAUCUGUGUGCCUAACAAUGAUGAAAUCAAGGAAAUUAUUAUAAAGGAGGCGCACAAAACACCCUAUUCCUUAUAUCCAGGGUUGACAAAGAUGUGCCAAGAUCUUAAGGCAUUGUAUUGGUGGCCUUCAAUGAAAAAGGACAUUGAUGAGUUUGUUGCCAGAUGUUUGACAUGUCAGCAAGUCAAAGUACAGCACCAAAGGCCAAGAAGGCUACUUCAACUGCUUUAUGUUCCAUAA